GCAGGUAGCUUGUUUGUGUGGGUGCGUCGGCGCAGCAGCCUUCGCUUUGCCCAAAAACCCGUAUGAAGAGGAGACCAGCCUGGAGUUCAGUUCGGCUUCGGACUUUGACGCGAAAGUACAGAUACAGGAAGAGAAAUUAAGAGGAGGAGCAGAGCCACGAAAAGAACUGAAUUACGCGUCGUCCGUCCCCCUACGAUCGCUCCCUUGCACCCACACACGUACACAGAAUGAGCGACAAGCCGCAGAAUGUCGCCAGAUCCGGAGAGGAUCCAUCGGACUUUGCCCACAAGACCCUGCAAGAUUACGAGGUUCUGGCCGUAAUGGGCAACGGCUCGUUCGGCACCUGCUACAAGGUGCGGGACAAGAGCACGGGCGAGCUGUUCGCCUGGAAGGGCAUGAACUACGACGAGCUGGACGACGACAAGUGCGAUUCGCUCGUCUCGGAGAUCAGCAUGCUGCGCCAGCUGCAGCAUCCAAACAUCGUGCAGUACUACCACCAUCUGGUGAACCGCGAGGCCAAGUCCAUCUACAUUGUGAUGGAGUGCUGUGCGGGCGGUGAUCUCUCCCAGCUGAUACAGCGGGCCCGGGCGCAGCGGCAGCGCUUCGAGGAGCGCUACAUCUGGCGCGUCCUAUUCCAGCUGUGCCGCGCCCUGCAGGUGUGCCACAACAAGAUACCCAACGGCACCAUCCUGCACAGGGACAUCAAGCCGGCGAACAUAUUCCUGGACGCGGCUGGCAAUGCUAAGCUCGGGGAUUUCGGUCUGGCGCGCAUGCUGCGGCGGGACCAGAGCUUUGCCGCCUCCUUUGUGGGCACACCGCACUACAUGAGCCCGGAGCUGGUCAAGGGACGGCAGUACGAUCGCAAAAGCGAUGUCUGGGCCGUGGGAUGUUUGGUCUACGAGAUGUGCGCCCUGCGUCCACCCUUCCGUGGCCGCGCCUUUGAUCAGUUGUCGGAGAAGAUUGCGCAGGGCGAGUUCACCCGCAUUCCAGGCGUCUACAGCUCCGACCUACAGGAGAUAAUUGCCUUCAUGCUGGCCGUGGACCAUGAGCAGCGGCCCGGCAUCGAGGUGAUUAUCCGACAUCCGCUGGUCGUGCGCAACAUUUCGGAAUUGGAUGGGGAAUUUCCCACUUUGGUGCAGGCUGGUGAGGAUUUUAAUGUGCCCGGCAUGCCCGGACGACUCUUCGAGGAUCUGCCCGAGCUGUCCAGCACCAUGUUCACGGAGCAGUACAGCUUCAACGAGGACUACGGACAGCGACGGCUGAGCGUCACGGGUGUCUUCACGCCGGAUCUGCGCAGCGAGCUCUUCUAUUCGGCCAAGCGUCGCAUCUUCCCCGCCACGAACAAGGUGCAGCAAUCGGAUCCAGCGCUCUACGAGAGCAUUCGACGCGAAGAGCAGGAGGCCGAUCAGCCGCAGAAGAACCGCCUGGACGAGGGUCAAAGGGAAAGUCAAAGUCCUCGCCGCCUCACGCAAAACAUUUUCGAUGAUGUGCUGCAGACGCGUCUUCAUGCCAUCCGUGCGCAGGAGUCGCUGCUGCAGCAGAAACUAAUCGAGCUGCAGGCACGCGAGAAUGAGCUGCAGCUGGCCGAGAAGCGUGUCCAGGCGCUGCAGCGGGAACUGCUCGAGAAGCUGCACCAGCAGGCGCCAGCAGGCACGUCCUGCAAGUGCAGCCAAACGGCCAUGGCAGCUCCACCCAUUCCGCCGCGCAGGCCACACACAAAGGUGCACCACGAUGACACCUACUGCACCAUUGAGCUGAAUGAGACCUCGCCGACGGUGGCGAAGCUCAAUCUGGCCACACUGCCGGCGCCCAAGUCGCUGCAGAGCCACGCCAACACCCUGCGCAAGGUCACAUUCCAGUCGCCACAGAAGUUCGUCACUUACGGGAUUGAGAAUGUCCCGCCUCCACCUGCUCCCGUUCCUCCACCCACUGUGCAGCCCAUGCAGAUGAGCGUCUCCAGCAAUGAUUCGGGCGACAGUCAGGCCUCCUCCACACGCCGCAAAUCCAUUCUGUCAUUGUUUGGACUCAGUCGAGGCUCCAAAUCGGUGCCCAAGCCAGCGGCUGCUGCACCAGCCAACCAGCUGCAGGCGCCGCAGCCUGCCAUUAAUCGAUCGCGGCCACCAUUGGCUCUGAAACCGCCGGCAGCACAACAGCCAGCGGGACCAGGACCGGCACCAGCACCAGCGGCACCGCUGGCCACACUCUGGACCAAGGAGCAGAAGAAACAAGCUUUUGAGUUGCUGGCGGCCAUGAAUGCGGCCGAGAAGGAUGCGGCGGGUGGCGGCAGUGUGGCCGGUGGGCGUCGCCAGCAUCUGCGUCAGUCGGUGCGGGAGCGCAACUCGACGAUGCAGAGGAAUCGCAUGCGUCGCUCCCUGGUGGUGGCAGGCGGUGGCCCCCAGAAGCUGUCGUCCCGCGAGCAAAUGCUGAUUUAGGGACAAUCCCAGAGCGUGCAGGAAGGAGUCGGGUGCCAGGAGCGGUUCGGAGCGAUUCGCCCCUUGUGAUGUGGAAUAAUGUUCCGUUAUGCAAGCAUACAACAUACUAUAACUAAAUUUUUUUUUUGCUACUAUUCCUUUUUUUUCAAUCCUAUUAAGUGUAUUUUUAGUUGUAAGACCAUGCCAUUAUCUGUGCAAUUUGUAAUGGGAAUAAUCAAACCUAUUUGGCAGUACAAUAUAUUGUACUGUAUUGAAUAAAAUAAGAAAAGAUUUACAAGAAA